AUGGCGCUGGAGGCCGUGGUGUACGCGCAAGGCCUCUUUGGCUACGGCGCAGGCAGGGACUCGCCCUAUGCGCUCGCGCCGUGGUGCGACGCGGUGGGCGCCGGCGCCGCCGGUCCCGGUGACCUCUUCGCGGACUGGGACGUGGUGCCCAAUGCGGAGGAUCAGUGGGAGCCUGUCUCCAGCUGGGACCUCUCGGAAGCUUCCACGGAGAGCAAGGCGGCGGCGGCGGGGCCGGAGCCCGCGGCUGCCGCGGGGAGGAGGAAGCGGCGCCGCACCAAGAUCGUCAAGAACAAGGAGGAGGUGGAGAGCCAGCGGAGGACACACAUUGCUGUCGAGCGCAACCGCCGCCGCCAGAUGAACGACUACCUCGCCGCGCUCCGAUCCCUCAUGCCCUCCUCAUACGCUCAAAGGGGCGACCAAGCAUCCAUCGUUGGAGGAGCAAUCAACUACGUGAAGGAGCUCGAACAGCUCCUCCAAUCACUCGAAGUCCAAAAGAGCGUCAAGAACCGCAGCGGAAGCACGGACGACGGCCGAUCCCCUUUUGCCAGCUUCUUCACAUUCCCACAGUACUCCACCUCGUGCAACAACAUCGACGCUCCCACUGCCAGCGACGGCAGCUCCGCGAGCAACGUGAUCAAGAGCGAGACAGCCGUGGCCGACAUCGAGGUGACCAUGGUGGAAGGCCACGCGAGCCUCAAGGUGCUCGCCCCGCGACGGCCGAAGCAGCUCCAGAAGCUCAUCGCCGGGAUGCAGCAGCUGCGCAUCCCGCCGCUCCACCUCAACGUGACCUCCGUCGACGCCAUGGUCCUCUACUCUUUCAGCCUCAAGGUGGAGGAUGGCUCCAAGCUGAGCUCUGUGGAAGACAUUGCGGCCGCCGUGCACGAGAUCCUUGGCAGGAUACAGCGGGAGGGGGAGGAGGAGGCCAUGGGCGGUCGUCUGAGCAGCUCGAGCUAG